AUGAACGAUCGUAAUGUAAAUAAAACAACAGAAGAAAAGAUACAUUCAGAAUCUGUAAUUGAUGUACAACAAUUAGAUGAUAUCAAUGAUCAAACUGCUGAUAUAUUACCACCGAAAACUAUUAUUGUUGAUGAUAUACUUUCAAUUUCAAUUGUCGCUUGUUCAAAUCUAGAAGAGCAUCCAGAAUCAUAUCGAUUAAAUUCUAAAAAAGAAGAAUUAAUAUUAACAUUUGUUGAAAAUUUUCGUCGACAAUAUUAUCAUAUUUAUCGUGAUCGAAAAUCACUUUUUCUCAAUCCAUUUAAUGAAUGUGGUAUACCGAAAUUUGUUUGUACAACUAUUCGACCAACAAUAUUACCAUAUUCAGAUUUAACUGAAUGGAAUUUAACAGCGAAUUUUAUUGCCGAUCAUCUUAAUUAUGAUUUACUCGAUCCACCAUAUGAACUUCCUAAAACACUUUCAUCACCAACUAAAAUUCUUACUGAUCAACAUGGAAAUUGUUUUGAUUAUGCUAAUCUACUUUGUUCAUUAUUAAUUGGUGCAGGAUAUGAUGCAUAUAUUGUUAGUGGAUAUGCUACACGUGAAAUAUGUUAUAUGGAUACUACUCGAUUACCAAAUCCAUAUAUUAGGAAACAACAAGAAGAACCUGUAAAACAAUUGAAAAGUCAAUGUAAAAAAUAUGGUGUAAAACCACUAAAAACUUUAACAUCAGAAUAUGAUGCUUAUAUGCAUCAAAGACAUUUGAAUACAAUUCAAGAAGAAAAAAUUAAAAUACAAGAGGAAGAAAAUCAACGAAUAGCUGAAAUUGAAAGACCUAUCUCUGAUCCAUUAUAUGGUGUUCGAAUACAUGCUUGGAUACUUAUUCGACCUGGUGGCAGACAUGAAAUAUCUGAAGCAUUUUAUAUUGAACCUACUACAGGUUAUAGAAAAACAGCAGAUGAUACUGAUUAUUUAGGAAUUGAAAGUGUCUGGAAUCAUGAAAAUUUAUGGGUUAAUAUGCAAGAUUGUUCCAAUGGAUGUCAAUCACUUCAAUUUGAUUUGAAUGAUCAAGCUCGAUGGGAAUGUAUGUUUAUUCAUUCAAAUGAAAAAGAAAAAGAACUUACUCACAAACGACUUUCAAAAACAUUAUCAAAUCAAAUCGAUUGGUUUGAAAAAAUGAAAUUCUAUUUUAAUAAUCCUCUUCAUUUACCUGUAUCAAAUAUAAAUGCUACUUCAUAUUAUAAAAAUUAUUCUGAUAAAAUCAAAUCAGAAGUUUAUAAAAAAUAUUAUCAUUCAUCAAUACCUGAUAUAACAAUAAAAACAACAAUUCAUAAAGAUAUUAAUUUACCAUUAUCAUGGGUUAUGCCUUUAGAUAUAACACCGAAAAAUUUUCAAAAACGCUAUCCAAAAUCUCACAAAAUAUAUUAUUUCAAAAAAACAUGUGUCGAAAAAUAUGCACCAUAUAGUAAGAAAGAUGGAAUUGUUUUAAAAAUCUCCGAGUUCGAUGAUUAUAAUUGUAAAGAAUUUAUUUAUGUGACAUAUCAUUAUGAACAUCGUUAUGAUAAACUUGAAAUUCGUGAACAUAAUAUCAAAAUGAAUACAAUCAAGGAAAAAUAUCGACCUGGACGAAACGAUCAUUUAAAAGAAUACAUAUAUGAUUUUGGACCAUCCUAUGAUCGAAUAAUGAUUUAUUAUCAUAAAUCACGUUUAGAUAGUUUAUCUAAACGACAUGAAACAACUCAUGAACUUACAGAUUAUUUCAUUGAUCAUGAUAAUUUUCUUACAUAUCGAAAAGUUAUAUUUGAAAUUCAACUGAAAAAAUCUACUCAACGAUCAAUUAUUUCAAUUACGGAAAAAUUCAAUCGUAAUCCAUCUUUAAAUUCUAAUGAGGAUAUUCAAGAACUUAUUUUUGCUAUUAAAGAUAAUAAAUUUAUCAUAACUUAUUAUCGUGAUAUAAAUUGUAUUACAUCAUCAAUUAGAACAUAUAUCAAACCGUCGAAUUGGAAUGAUAAAGCAUUUAUAUUUAAAUGGAAUGACAAUUUACAUGAAAUUUAUCAAGCUAAUGACGAUUUAAAACAAAUGUCUAAGCGUGAUCUUUAUUAUGAAAUAAUAAAAUUAAUUAAAGAAGAAGAGGAAGCUAUUAAACGAGUACGAACAGCUGAAAAUGAAAUACGAGAUCUUCAAUCACGUCGACAACAAGAAGAACUUUCAAGUGAUCUUGAAGUUAGUAUAUAUGAUAUUGAUCGAAACGAAAAAUCAAAAAUUUAUAAAGAAUUAUUACAACAAAAAACUGAUGAAGAUAAGAAUAGAAAAAAUAUGAAUGAACUCGAUUAUCUAUAUCCAUAUAUAGCUGCUAUAGGUAAUCCUGAAUGUAUUAAUGCUCAGAUCGCUGAACAGAUACGUUACAAUAUUGAACUUGACUUUAAAAAUCAAUCAAUAUAUAGAGCUAAUCUAAUACAAUCAUGUUAUGAGAAUGAAAUUAAAGAACUUCUUACUAAACAACAAUGGUAUCAAAAUAAUCAUAUAUCAAAAAAUGAUGAAUUCGAAUGUGAACAAGCAAAAUUUCGUUUACAAAUUCUUCAAGAUCGUUUAAAAGAACAUGAAGAAUUCACUCGAGAAAAUUAUCGUCAACUUGAAAAAAACCUAAAUGAAGAUAUACGUUUAAAAGAACCUUAUAUUGUUCGAUGA